AUACACUACAAUGGCUGCUGGAAAGAGGCGUAAGGAAACAAUUUCCAGGCCCGCCGCGUCCAGCCCGAAAUAUGAGAAAAAAAUUAUUAGAAAUUCCGCGGGUGGUGUAAAGGCGGCGGACGGGCCGGAGGGAGGAUGGUGAAGCCCCGCGAUUGGCCAAAAUGGGAAGAACUGGAUUCCGCUCUCUUCCACAAAGAGUCAAUGGGACUGGCUAAGAUCAAAGUGUAAGGCGUUUCGCACCUAUCAUCAGUCCCUUUUUGCUUUCUUUUACGACCACAUGAAACUUGAGAAGCCACCUAAAGCUAAAUCAUUUAGUGGAGUUGGGCAGUUCCCAAGUGUCCAACAAGAAGGCCUGCUUUAGGCUGCGAUGGCCACUGUCAUUCCUGGUGACUUGUCAGAAGUGAGAGAUACCCAGAAAGUCCCUUCAGGGAAACGUAAGCGUGGUGAAACCAAACCAAGAAAAAACUUUCCUUGCCAACUGUGUGACAAGGCCUUUAACAGUGUUGAGAAAUUAAAGGUUCACUCCUACUCUCACACAGGAGAGAGGCCCUACAAGUGCAUACAACAAGACUGCACCAAGGCCUUUGUUUCUAAGUACAAAUUACAAAGGCACAUGGCUACUCAUUCUCCUGAGAAAACGCACAAGUGUAAUUAUUGUGAGAAAAUGUUUCAUCGAAAAGAUCAUCUGAAGAAUCACCUACAUACACACGAUCCUAACAAAGAGACGUUUAAGUGUGAAGAGUGUGGCAAGAAUUACAAUACCAAGCUUGGAUUUAAGCGUCACUUGGCCUUGCAUGCUGCAACGAGUGGUGACCUCACCUGCAAGGUGUGUUUGCAGACUUUUGAAAGUACAGGAGUGCUUCUGGAGCACCUUAAGUCUCACGCAGGCAAGUCAUCUGGAGGAGUUAAAGAGAAAAAGCACCAGUGCGAGCAUUGUGACCGUCGGUUCUACACUCGAAAGGAUGUCCGCCGGCACAUGGUAGUGCACACUGGAAGAAAGGACUUCCUCUGUCAGUAUUGUGCACAGAGAUUUGGACGGAAGGACCACCUGACUCGACAUAUGAAAAAGAGUCACAAUCAAGAACUUCUGAAAGUCAAAACAGAACCCGUGGAUUUUCUGGAUCCAUUUACCUGCAACGUUUCUGUGCCUAUAAAAGAUGAGCUACUUCCAGUGAUGUCCUUACCUUCCAGUGAACUGUUGUCAAAGCCAUUCACAAACACUUUGCAGUUAAACCUCUAUAACACUCCAUUUCAGUCCAUGCAGAGUUCAGGAUCUGCCCACCAAAUGAUCACAACUUUACCUUUAGGAAUGACAUGCCCAAUAGACAUGGAUGCUGUUCAUCCAUCUCACCACCUUUCUUUCAAAUAUCCCUUCAGUUCUACCUCAUACGCAAUUUCUAUUCCUGAGAAAGAACAGCCAUUAAAGGGGGAAAUUGAGAGUUACCUGAUGGAGUUACAAGGUGGCAUGCCUUCUUCAUCCCAGGAUUCCCAAGCCUCGUCAUCUAAACUUGGGUUGGAUCCUCAAAUUGGGCCCUUAGAUGAUGGGGCAGGGGAGCUCUCCCUGUCCAAAAGCUCCAUUUCCAUUAGUGAUCCCCUCAACACACCAGCAUUGGAUUUUUCUCAGUUGUUUAAUUUCAUACCAUUAAAUGGUCCGCCCUAUAAUCCUAUAUCAGUGGGGAGCCUUGGAAUGAGCUAUUCCCAAGAAGAAGCACAUUCUUCUGUGUCUCAGCUGCCCCCACAAACACAAGAUCUGCAAGAUCCGGCCAACACUAUAGGUCUUGGGUCUCUACACUCUCUGUCUGCAGCCUUCACCAGUAGCUUAAGCACAAGCACCACCCUACCACGUUUCCAUCAGGCUUUCCAGUAGCAU